CCCCGUUGCCUUGUAUUGGCGCGGAGCCCAUUCUCUCUCUCCUCGUCGUCCCUCCGGUGUUUCUUCUUCUCAAUCCUCGUAAUCAAUGGCGUUUCCACAGCACCAUUUUCAGCAACUGUACCAAUCUUCAGCGCAACAACAACAACAGCAGCCGCAAUCGAAAGACUUGAGAAAUUUAUACGUGCUGGACGGCCAGGUCUCGCCGCCGGUGGGGUUUUACAACCCUCCCGAUUUGCAAGACCAGUCUCACCACCCUCCCUAUAUUCCUCCUCCCUUUCAUGUGGUAGGAUUUGCUCCUGGACCUGUGAACGACAGCAAUGAUGGGGGAAUUGGUUUACAGUGGAAUUAUGGGCUGGAACCAAGGAGGAAAAGAUUGAAGGAGCAGGACUUUUUGGAGAAUAAUUCUCAGAUUUCGUCAUUUGACUUCCUGCAAGCUCGUUCGGUUUCAACAGGACUAGGGUUAUCCCUCGAUAACAAUCGUGCUUCAUCUUCUAGUGACUCCGUUUUGUUGUCGCUCAUUGGUGAUGACAUCGAUCUUGAGUUGCAGCGGCAGGAUGCAGAGAUUGAUAGAUUCCUCAAAAUUCAGAGUGAUCGAUUGAGGCAAAACAUCCUAGACAAGGUCCAGGCAGACCAACUCCAGACCAUGUCAUUACUGGAAAACAAAAUCGUCCAGAAACUCCGAGAAAAAGAGACCGAGAUGGAAAGCAUCAACAAGAAGAACUGGGAACUCGAGGACAGAAUGGAGCAAGUAUCCUCCGAAGCAGGGGCAUGGGAGCAUCGAGCAAGGUUGAACGAGAACCUGAUCAAUGCCCUGAAGUUGAAUCUCCAGCAGGUCUAUGCUCGGAGCAGGGAUCAGAACAAGGAAGGAUGCGGGGAUAACGGCGUGGUGGACGACACGGCUUCCUGCUGUAACGAUCGCGGUGGCGGGGGCGGCGGCAUCGAUUUCCAAAUGCUGUUCAAGGAGAACAAGGACAUGAAAGAUCUGACGACGUGUAAGGUUUGCAGAGCGAACGAGGUGUGCAUGCUUUUGUUGCCGUGUAAGCAUCUGUGUUUGUGUAAAGAGUGUGAGAGUAAGCUUAGCUUUUGUCCUCUGUGUCAGUCGUCCAAGUUUCUUGGGAUGGAAGUUUAUAUGUAACGGAAAGGACUUUGGGGAUGAUGAUCUUUAUUAACGGCUUAAUUCCUCUACGUAUGUUACUGUAGAAUUUGUUGUGCAUAUGUUUGUGGGUGUUGUCCAAAAUCAGAAACAUGGCUUACUACCCACCGCUGUGGCCCAUACAGCUAGGCCCGGGCCAUUCCGGAAUUGGGCCAUGCAAGUGAUGAUCUAGCAUCCACUGACCUUGUUGUUUAAGCCCGAUUUUGUUCUUUGCAAUAAUGGGGUUGUUCAAGAUGCAAGAAUUAUUACGAUUUUGUUUGAGAUUAGACAUCUACUUCGAUUUCAAGAUAGUUCCAGGUCCGAUUUGUAAGACGUGAUCGAAAU